AUGGAGACCAGGAGAAAAGUGAGAAGGAUCAUACAACAGGAGAAUGAGGACUCUCGACUCGUUGAGAACAUAAUACGUGAGCAUGUAGAGAAGCAGAGGCUGCGAUUGCAGCAGGAGGAACUGGCUCAGAGAGAGGCUGAGGCCAGAGACAAAUUAAGCCCUGAGGUGAAGCGUGAACUCAAGCAGAAGAGAGAGCAGCAACUUCUGCAGAUCCAUCUGGUGCGAGAACAGAUGAAGACACGCCACCAAUGUGGGCAGGAGUCAGAGCACAGGAAGGCCCAGCGCAGGAAGGCCCAGCGAAGGUGGCGGCGUACGGAAAAGUGUUCACAGAACAAUAAACGCCUUCUGGAGGAACGGCAUAAAAGUCAGGAGCAGGAGGAGAGAGAGACCCAGAAGAAGACAGAACAGGAAGAGUACGAGGGGCAAGUGGAGAUGGCCAUCCAUAGAGCUUCCAUGGAAAACCGUAUCGCUCUUCCUCUGGGCCAAAGAAACGGUGAAGUCGAUAACCGUCUUCACUUCUAUAAGGACGGACAAGGCUUCAUCGUAAGCUCCAAGAGGAAGUUUGAGCCUCGUCAGUCUUUAAUUUUCACUGAUGAGACGCCCAAAAAACAGGUGACAGUACCUCAAGGCAACACCGCUCCAAAACCAAAGAGUGUGAAACAAGUAAGAGUACAGGAGCAGAAACAGCCAUCCCCCAGUGUUUGUCGAGGGUUAGGGUUAGGACCAGUCGAGAAGUUGGACCAACCCACACCAAAGUUGUUGGCCAAGAGAGAAUCUAGGGGGUCAGCUCUUCCUAUGAGGUCCAUUUUACGAAAGAGUGUGGUCCUGUCAGAAGGUAGUUCCAAGCCUGCUCUGGAACAUAAGUGUGAGGAAUUGAAAUUACCUGUAAUUAGUAAUCCAAAAAAGAAGCUGAGCAUAAUCCCAGUUCAGGCACCAACAGGUCAAACCAAGUCUGAGAGAGGCAAACAUCCUGCAAUUCAGCGUCAGGUGAAGUCAAUGACAUUGCCAGAGGAGGAGGAAACAUGCGGAAUUGUGGGCACUGUGAAGGUGGUUAGAAUCCCAACCCGGGGGGCAAAGCGAAGCGAAGUCCCAGGUUUGGAUCCAGACACAUUAGCCGUGAUGUUCCAUCCACGUCCCCCCAUGACACCAAGACAGCCUGGAAGAACCGGAACGUACAGAACCAGCCACACGGUUGUCAGUUUCCCCCAAGGCCUAGCAAACGACUCCAAAGUCCCAAACAAAGUCGCUCCAAUCCUCACAACUCCCCAACAUGUGAGACGCCACAUUAGUCACGUCUCUUUCUUUUAA